AUGAAACAUCCAGGGAGAACCACACUGUGCUUUGUGAUCCUUGUGAUUUAUUCUUUCCAAGUCACAGCGACCUGGAAUAUAGAACCUACUAUUCAUCCUUUGAGUCUUCAGGAGCGUGAACUAGCAGAGGAGGAGCCACUGAGGCAGAAACGAGCGGUUGCCACGAGUCAUCCUACAGCUCAAGAAUACACUGUUGAUAUUGAGAUCAGUUUUGAAAAUGCCUCCUUCCUGGAACCUGUCAAAGCUUACCUGAACAGCCUCAGUUUUCCAAUUCAAGGCAAUGACACUGACCUCACUGCCAACAUUCUGAGCAUAGAGGUGACAACAGUCUGCAGACCUACUGGAAAUGAAAUCUGGUGCUCCUGUGAGACAGGCUAUAGGUGGCCGCAGGAACAGUGCCUUCACAAUCUCACGUGUCAAGAGCAUGACAAUGCCCCUGCUGGGCAUCGUUGCAAUUGCCUUAAAGGACUGCCUCCCAAUGGACCUUUUUGUCAGCUCCGGAGAGACAUAACCCUGAGAAUGUCAGUCAGACUUAAUGUGGGCUUUCAAGAAGAUCUCAGGAACACUUCCUCUGCCCUCUAUAGGUCCUAUAAGACUGACUUGGAAACAGCGUUCUGGAAAGGUUACAGUGUUUUACCUGGCUUCAAAUUGGUGACUGUGACAGGGUUCAGGCCCGGAAGUGUGGUUGUGGCGUAUGAAAUCAGAACUACAACGCCAUCCCCUGCAGUAAUGCAUAGAGCGAAUGAGCUGGUCACACAGAACCUCAACCAGACCUACAAAAUGGACUACAAUUCUUUCCAAGCAGUGAUUAGUAAUGAAACCAGAUUCUCUGUCACACCAGAAAUCAUCUUUGAAGGGGAUACGGUAACUCUGGUAUGUGAAACCGACAUUCCGUCCUCCAAUGUGUCCUGGCACCACGUGGGGAAGCACUCUGACAUCCAAAAUGGCAGCCGGUUCUGGGUGUACACCACUGUGCUCAACAACCUGACCUCCGUGUCACGCCUCACCGUGUUCAACAUCACUCUGGGGGACGCGGGUGAAUAUAUUUGCAAACUGACCAUAGAUAUUUUUGAAUAUGAGUCCAGAAAAAAGAUUAAUGUGACCCCCAUCCGAAUCUUUGACAAUGGUGACAUGGAGGUGACGUGUGACAACAGCCCGGUGUCUCUGAACUGCUGCAGUGAGAUCAAUGUGAACUGGAGUAGCGUGGAAUGGAAGCAGGAAGGGGAGAUAACCAUUCCAGGGAACUCUGAAGCAGACUCAGGUUCCAGCUGCAGCAGGUACACCCUCAGGGCCGAUGGGAGUCAGUGUCCCAGCGGGUCUGCCGGGAGGAAGGUCAUCUACACGUGUGAGUUCACCAGCUUCCACGGAGCCCGAGGCAGUAAGAGCAUAGAAGUGACGUUCACAUCUGUAGGACAUAAAUCCAGCCACAAAGGGGAAGUGCGCGAGCACCUAAGGCAUGUGAUGGAAAUGAGUACAGUUCAGAGCACCACCGGGAUCAGCCUAGAAACACAUAAAGCCCAGGAGCAGCAAGCCAACUUAACAAUAACCCCGGACCCAAUUUCUGUUUCUGAGGGACAAAACUUUUCUAUAAAGUGCAUCAGUGAUGUGAGUAACUAUGAUGAGGUGUAUUGGAAAACUUCUGCUGGAAUUAAAAUAUACCAAAGGUUUUACACCGCAAGGAGGUAUCCUGAUAGAGCGGAGUCAGUGCUGACUGUGAGGAGCUCCACGAGGGAGUGGAACGGAACCUAUCAGUGCGUAUUCAGAUAUAUGAAUUCAUUCAGUGUCGCCACCAAAGAUGUCACUGUCCACCCACUACCUCAAGAGCUGGACAUCAUGGUUGAUCCUUUGGAAGCUUCAAUCCCAUGCACAGGUUCCCAUCCCUUCAUGUGUUGCGUGGAGGAGGAUGAAGACUACAAAGUCACUUUUCAAGUGGACGCCCUGUCCUUUCCUGCUACAAAAGAAGUUCAUGGAAAGCAAGUGUGUUACAAAUUCAAUUUCAUGGCAAAAUCAAUAGUUUCCUGGUGCCCAAAACAUGUUGACGUGUUCUGUCACUUCACCAAUGCCGCUAAUAAUUCAGUCCGGAGUCGGUCUAUGAAGCUGAAUCUGGUGCCUGGAGAGAGCAUCACAUGUCGAGAUCCCAUAAUAGGUGUGGGGGAGCCUGGGAAAGUGAUCCCGAAGCUCUGCCGGUUCUCGAACCUGUCCAGUAGCUCUGCUAGUCCUGUUGGAGGGAUCAAGAUCUACAAAUGCGUGGGCUCCCGUUGGGAGGUGAAGAAAAGUGACUGCAUCUCUGCCCCAAUAAACAGUCUGCUCCAGUUGGCCAAGGCUUUGAGCAAGAGCCCCUCUCAGGACAAGAAGCUGCCUACAUACCUGAAGGACCUUUAUGUCAGCACAGACAAGGUGGCACAUGAAGUCAGCUCAUUUCCAGGGAACCUGGGAGCAGUUGUUAAGAUCCUUGAUUUGCUCUCAACAGUUCCAAUCCAAGUGAAUUCAGAAAUGAUGAUGGAUGUUCUCUCUACACUCAAUGUCAUCCUUGACAAGCCCAUCCUGAGUACGUGGAAGGUGUUACAACAGCAACAGACCAACCACAGCUCACAGCUACUAGAUUCUGUGGAGAGAUUUUCCCGAGCAUUACGGUCAAAAGAUAGCACCGUCUUUUCCAUCUCCCACACUAACGUGCAGAUGAGGGGCAUGGUAAUAAAAUCUGGCUCUCCACAACGUUACGAACAGAAGUUCGUUUUCUCAGACUCUGGCCUCUGGGGCAAUGUGGCUAUUAAUGAGCACCACGUAGAGAAUCUGCAGCCAGACACAUCUAUUGUCACCGUGGCUUUCCCAACUCUCAAAACCAUCCUCACCCAGGAUACUCAGGGCAAGCAUUCUGCAAACAGCUUAGUGAUGACAACCACUGUCAGCCACAAAAUAACCGCUCCAUUCAGGAUUUCAAUGACUUUUAAGAACAACAACUUCUUAGGUGGGAAACCACAAUGUGUCUUCUGGAACUUCAGCCUCGCCAACUAUACAGGAGGGUGGGAUAGCAGUGGGUGCUAUAUGGAAGUAGAUGGGGACAGCGUCAACUGCACCUGUGACCAUCUGACGUCAUUCUCCAUCCUCAUGUCCCCUGACUCCCCAGACCCUGAUUCUCUCCUGAAAGUACUGCUGGAUAUCAUUUCCUACAUUGGCUUGUGCUUUUCCAUCCUGAGCUUAGCAGCCUGUCUAGUUGUGGAAGCUGUGGUAUGGAAGUCUGUGACCAAGAAUCGGACUUCCUAUAUGCGUCACAUCUGCAUAGUGAACAUUGCAGCCUCCCUUCUGGUUGCUGACAUCUGGUUCAUUGUGGCCUCUACCAUCCGGGACCAUCACUACGUACUCAAUGAGACAGCCUGUGUGGCUGCCACCUUCUUCAUCCACUUCUUCUACCUCAGCGUCUUUUUCUGGAUGCUGACUCUGGGCCUCAUGCUCUUCUACCGCCUGGUUUUCAUCCUGCAUGAUUCAAGCAAAUCCAUUCAGAAGACUAUUGCAUUUUCUCUCGGCUAUGGAUGCCCUCUUAUCAUCUCAGUCAUCACAGUGGGUGCCACUCAGCCUAGGGAAGUCUACACAAGGAAGAAUGCAUGUUGGCUCAACUGGGAGGACACCAAGGCUCUGUUGGCCUUUGUCAUCCCAGCCCUGAUCAUCGUGGUGGUGAACAUGACCAUCACCGUUGUGGUCAUCACCAAGAUCCUGAGACCUUCCAUUGGAGACAAGCCCAACAAGCAGGAGAAGAACAGUCUAUUUCAGAUCACCAAGAGCAUUGGGGUCCUCACUCCACUCUUGGGGCUCACCUGGGGUUUUGGCCUCGCCACUGUGUUCGAGGGAAGCAAUGCUGUGUUCCAUAUUGUGUUUACCCUCCUCAAUGCCUUCCAGGGAUUAUUCAUUUUGCUCUUUGGGUGCCUCUGGGAUCAGAAGGUACAGGAGGCUUUGCUGAAAAAGUUUUCUCUGUCAAGAUGGUCUUCACAGCACUCAAAGUCAACAUCCCUAGGUUCGUCAACACCUGUGUUUUCUAUGAGUUCUCCAAUAUCAAGAAGAUUUAACAAUUUGUUUGGUAAAACAGGAACCUACAAUGUUUCCACCCCAGAAACAACCAGCUCAUCCUUGGAAAACACGUCCAGUGCUUAUUCGUUGCUCAACUAA